CCACAAUCAGAAGCAUUGGUCACGCCACAUAUUUCCCGCGCUCUCCGCAGCGCUUGAAGAUUUUUACCUCAACCAACUUCAUCUUCCACCAAACAAAACCACAACCAGCCUCAACUCACCCCUUCCUUCGACAAAAUGCUUCGCUCGCAAGGCGCUCUGUAUAACAGAGCAGGACAACAUAUCGGACUUGACGAAGUCACGAAUCUGAAGCCCAUGGAGGUCCCGAAGGAGGUCAUUGAAUUGUUGAUGUUACGCCAACCAACAAUGCCCGUCAGAUCGAACAAGAAAGAGAGGAGAAACAAGAAGAAGAAGAACAGCCAACUUCAUCGAGAGCGUGCUGCACUCAAACGAGUCACCCGCCUGGGCAAUAGCGAUGGAGACAACAAGUUCAAGUUCGACCCCGAUCGCCCCUACGAGACUGGAAAGACUCUCACCGAGUUCACACUCUUCAAUGAGCUUGCCCCGGAAGUCCGUUUCAUGAUCUGGAAGGAGGCAUUCCCUGCUCCUCAAGCUGUCAAGAUUCGAUCAGACGCUGUUAACUACGAACAACGCCCAACCCUCUUGACCGUUGUCCACCGCAUGCGCUAUCGUGCCAAAGGAUCCUACGUUCCCUCUCCGUUGUUGUCAUCCUCAACAUGUUCAAGGCUUUGAAGACCGUUGUUCUUGGUGUAGCCAAGGGUGAAGAUAUUAUCCAGGACAGUGAUGG